ACACAUUUUGUGGCAGAUAAAUAUGCUUGUUUCAUACAUGAAUACUUUGAAGGAAUUUGUAAACAACAGUUUCCAAGGAAAAGAACCAUGGCAAAUAGUAACUAUAACAAGUACAACUAUUCUUACAACAAUUUGGUUGUGGAACUUUGUAUUCCAAGAAGAAAGUCUUAUAGAAAGAGGAAAAAAGAAAAUCUUUAGUUUAAGAAAUCAUAUACCUGCUAUCAAGGAUAAAAUUGAUCAAGAAUUACAUAAUAUAAAUUCAUCAUUUGAAAAGGAAGCUAAGCAAAGAAUGAAGGAUAUUCCGUUCAUUAUAAGGCUACCAAAAAAUGGUUUGGAGCCAGAUGAUAUAUUAACAAAAGUAAAGCACUGUGUUCAGUUAGGUGAUUAUGAUUGGGAAAGUGGUAGAGUGUCUGGGACUGUAUAUAGAAUUGAUACUAAGUUGUUAGAAUUAAUGGGAAACAUUUAUGGGAUUGCAUCAUAUACAAAUCCUUUACAUCCUGAUGUUUUUCCUGGUGUGUGCAAGAUGGAAGCAGAAGUAGUUCGGAUAGCCUGCCAUUUGUUUCAUGGUGAUCAAGAAUCUUGUGGCACAAUGUCUACUGGCGGUACAGAGUCAAUUUUAUUAGCUUGUAAAGCAUUUAGAGACUAUGCAAGAUAUGUAAAAGGUAUCAAAUAUCCAGAAAUGGUAAUGCCUGUAACAGCACACUCUGCUUUUGAGAAAGCUGCUCAGUACUUAAAAAUUAGAAUACGUGUUGUACCUGUCAAUCCACAUAGUUAUACUGUUUCCAUUAAAGAUAUGGAAAGGGCUAUCUCUAGAAAUACAAUUAUGUUAAUAGGCUCAACUCCAAACUUUCCAUAUGGAACAAUGGAUAAUAUUGAAGCAAUUUCUGAAUUAGGAGUAAAAUAUAAUAUUCCAGUACAUGUUGAUGCUUGUCUUGGUGGAUUUUUAAUUUGUUUUAUGUCAGAUGCAGGACUUGAAGUACCACCAUUUGAUUUUAAACUACCUGGAGUUACCAGUAUAUCAGCUGAUACACAUAAGUAUGGAUAUGCUCCGAAAGGAUCCUCCAUUAUUCUUUAUAGGAAUAAAAAGUAUAGACACCAUCAAUAUACUGUCUCAACUGAUUGGCCUGGUGGCAUUUAUGGCUCCCCAACAAUAAAUGGGUCUAGAGCUGGUGGAAUUAUAGCAUCAUGUUGGGCUACUAUGAUGUAUUUCGGUUAUGACGGAUAUUUAGACGCAACCAAGAAGAUUAUAGAAACUACUAAAUACAUUGAACGGAAAUUGAGAACAUUGGACGGAAUUUUUAUUUUCGGUACCCCAGCUACUUCAGUUAUUGCAUUGGGAUCAAAGGAUUUCAACAUUUAUAAAUUAUCAGAAGCCCUGAAUGCAAAAGGUUGGAAUUUGAAUACACUUCAGUUCCCUAGUGGUAUACAUCUCUGUGUCACUUAUGUACACACUCAAGCUGGCGUGGCAGAUCAGUUUUUAAAUGAUGUUAAAACUGAAUUGGGUCUUAUUCUACAAAAUCCAGAAGUACCAGUUGAGGGGAAGCUUGCAAUGUAUGGAAUGACUCAAACCAUACCCGAUAGAAGUAUUAUAAGCGAUUUUACGAACUGCUACUUGGAUUCUAUGUAUUAUACACCCAAUGAUGAAGCAGUCAGUGAUGGACCAAAAUAA